AUGCUCCUCAACAUCUCGCAUGCCGCGCGCAGCAUGCCUGAGCCCUCCUCGCCCUCCUACAACCGCACACACACACGCACAGCACCAGCCGCUGACGAUGAACUGGACAAUCGUCACUCUCGUACAGCCACCAACGGCAAGGCUCCCCGUCGUAACUCGUGGCAUUUCAAAGACACGCCGCCGCCCAUGCCCGAGUGCUGGGGACACCGUGGCGCCUCCGGCGCGUUCCCUGAGAACACUCUCGCCUCCUUUGAGCGCGCUGUCGCCGAUGGCGCCGAAGGCAUCGAAAGCGGUUAG